UUAACGCGUACGAAACGUGUGUAUUUAAAACUCUCAUCAUUUAUUCACUCGAAGCGACGUAAAUGUACGAGCAACGAAUUUUCGUGAAUAAAAUAGCGAAAUUCCUCGCAUUCCUCGCAUACUUCUCUCUCGCGCGAGAAAGUAUAUUCUGACUUUUAUAGGUUAUACACAGACGCCAGUGAGUUUACCAAUGUAAACUGACGUAAACAGAACAGCGAGAACGGAUUCUCGUGUCUUCUCGGUCAGUCCUUGGAACGGCGAGCCUUAUGUAUUGGAAUAGAACGACGACCGGUGCCAUACGAGAGGAAAUGCCGUUGAGCUCGAUAAGUCACGUCGCGAGUACUCCAACGGCGGAGAGUGUCAAUCCUGGUACGAGCGCACAAAUCACAUCGACCUGCUGCACUCCACCGCCGUCUUAUCACAAUAUCAAUUUGCCUCUCGGACAUCCCUCCACAUUGACCAACGAACGCGGCGCGCCACCCUCGUACGAGGAAGCGAUAGAUCCAAAUGCACCACCGCCGUCUUACGAUUCAUUAUUUGGUCGUAUGAGAGAAGCUCGUAAAAUAUCCAAAGGCAUAUUCGACUUUCUGAAAAAUAUCGUUUUCCUACUCUUGGGUACAAUCGGAUGUACCAUCAUUCUUGGAGUAACGAUAGUGGUACCAAUUUGCAUGAUGGUGAUUGGUGGACUGUAUCUUUACGACUGUCCACAGGGUGAAUACAUUCCCGUAUACUUGUUAGUAGGCGGUGGAUUUGGAGUAUUUAAACAAUUGUUAACUUUGUCAGCUAGAGUACGACAACGUCAAGAGGAAAGAGACGAAGAAAGAAUCAGACAAUCGCCUACACAGACUUUGAUAAAUUGUUUUAUGCUCGGAUGGUUCAUUAUUGGUUCUAUGUGGGUAUAUAAAGAAUACGAACCAAAUUAUGAUCCAGCAUUGGGAAAGUAUUGCAACAAGACAUUGUACUUAUUCGCCUUUUGGCUGAUUACGUCGGUCUACAUAUGCCUGGGUGUUAUAACGGCCGGCCUGUGCAGUAUUUCCGUAGCUAGCAUCGCGUUUCAGAGACCACCGCCAGAUUUGAUGUGAGAUCUCAAUGUGGCUUAAUCGUUUCGUAUACACAUCUACGAAUUGACAUACAUCUAGGAUCUUCCAUAUUUAACAAUACAAUCGUAUUUAUCGAUCAUAAAAAAAAAAAUCCGUUAUGGAUACAAAGCAUAUUUAUGGUUUUCCAUCUCUCAUGGAAAAUGAGAGAUGUAAAUCCGUUCUUCCCCGAUCCGUGAUCGAUAAAUACGAAAAGAAAAGAGGUGCUCAUUCUUCUAAAGAUAUUGGAUAUUAUAGCUACAAAGAGUUUAAAUAUGGAUAGCUCCGAUUUGUGUGUAUAUAAAUACGGAUAUAUACACGUAAGCGGGAGAGAAAUCUAAUUUUUAGGAGCAAAGUGACGAAAAGUCACUCGCUAAGAAUGGCACAACAUCGUUCACAGAGUCGCUUCGCAAAGGGCGCAAAAAUUUCGUCCACCUUUUACGUACCUGAGAUGCUUAAACGACUAUUUCGAAGGAAAUCGUUGGCACGUUAAACGCACAUAAAAUACUCUCGCGUGCAAAUGCGCACGCACGGUACGCAUUUCAAAUAAGUCAUCGUUCAAAUGAUUAUUCAUGACUAAGCGCGAUUAUUCGUAAUUACUCAAUUUUUGUCGCGACAUUGUAUGAGAGAAUCGGAGAAAAUAAUACGAUACAUCGAAGUCAGUUGUCUCUCGCUCUUGAUAGCCUCUCGACGAAGAAACGAAGGAAAAGCGAGAGAAAGCAAAGUAAAACUUCGACCGGCUGUGUGUACAUUUCGCGGAUUACUCGCGAAUUUUUUUAUCUUGUGCCAAGUGGACGCGGAGUCGCAGACCAAAGUAUUUUGCUAUCACAAAGUGUUGCUCGCGUCAGUGCGCACUACGGUUUAUAAUUAAAUUCGUUAUAAACUUGUCCAGUUAGUGCAAACUCGCGGCGACUCGCAUUACGCUUAUACAGCGGCGCUUUGGUACGACGGUCUAACAUAAUUUUACAAUAAAUAAAUGUUAGUCAUCGCACAUCGUUCUCUCGAUAUACUUCUUAUCUAUGUUAAGCACUUUACGGACUUGACUACAUAUAACAUACGCAUUUCGCUUGCUCGUAACUUAUUGAUAAAAGACUGCGAACUUGCGCGUGACAAUUUCUAUAUAUUUAUUCUGCCCUCUCUCCUCCGUCCUUCUAUGCCUCUAAUCUCCAUUGGACCUUUACGUCUCAAUACGAUUGCACGAUUCGUUUUUCUAUAAAAAAAAAGUAAGUCGCGUAACAUGCGAUCAAAAAAAUACGAUAUACAUGUCUUUUUUGUUCAAAAUGUCUCUAUCUUAUAAGAACUAUAAAAAACGGCAGUAUUCGUCAACAUUGUUCGAGCUCGCUAUUUUUUCGAAAAAAAAAAAAUUAACACGCUCCGUCGCGUCGUGCAACACAUGACGUAAUGUUGAUAUGGUGAAUUUUUAUGAUUCAUUAAACAAUUGUAUUACCAAGUGUUGAAUUAUGAAUAUUAUUGUACAUACUUAUAUACAUAUACAUAAUAUCACCGUUUCAUUCACUUUUUCGUAUGACUUUAUCAACUUUCCGACUGAAAUUUAGUCUUCCUCCCUCAGUCCUUACGUUUGUAAACGUAAUUAUUCUGAGUAUAAAAAAAUAAACAUAGGAUGUAGAUAUAAAUGUACGAAUAAGUAUAUGGACCUAGACAUGAAAUAUAAUCGUAUCUGCGACACAUCCUUUACAGGAUUACUUCAAACAGGCUUGCGCGCGCAACGAACAACAAUAACCGAGCUUGUGCUUUUACAAUUUCGCGUAAACAUCUUAAAAAGAUAUGUAUAUAAUUCGAUUGUGUGCACUAAUCACCAUACUCUGACUAAUAAAUUCGACACUGCACUAACAAAUUGUAAAUAACGUACGACAUGUAGGACUAUCGAUCGAGCGAAUACUGUAUCGCUCUUGCGCAUUUAUUAUAAUUAUUGCAAGUAUUAUAAUGAUAUUAUAUGAUUUCCAACAAUGUAAUAAUAUUCCUACGUUUUGCGUGGCAAGAACGCAUGCACACUCACAUACACACACACAUAUAUUCGUUGUUAUAAUUUCUUAAAUAAAGCGCUUAAAAUCA